AUGGACAAUCACGAGAGUCAUUGUUCUGUCGACGCCCUCAACUACGCAAAAGACAACGGAAUCGUUCUUCUCACAAUUCCACCACACACAUCCCACAAGCUGCAGCCAUUAGACAGGACUGUUUUUGGCCCCUUAAAAACCUUUUAUUCUCAGGCAGCAUCAAAUUUUAUGCUGAGACACCCCGGGAGAACAAUCACAAUCUACGACGUUUCGGAACUAUUAGGGAAAGCUUUCCCAAGGGCUAUGGUGCCUACCAAUAUAAUUAGUGGCUUCAGGGCGGCUGGAAUAUGGCCCAUAAAUGCCGACAUUUUCACGGAGAGUGAGUUCAUGACCAGUUUAGUUACGGACCGCCCUCCCCCUUCUCAACUUGAAGAACCAACACAGAGAAGUGUGAUAGCGUCGGACUGCCCUCUCCCUUCUCCACUUGAGGAGCCCGUACAAAGCAGCAGUGUGAGUGAACGCGCUUCCCCAUCCUCACUUGGAGGAUCAGUGCCGAUGCACUUUUCACCACAGGACAUCAUGCCCUACCCCAAGGCAGGUCCACGCUCGCAGUCGUCGCGCGGGAGAAAGCGAGGACGAACUCGCAUCCUAACCGAUACUCCGGAAAAAGCAACCAUCGAAGAACAAUCAAAUAAAAAGUUGGCGAAGAUAGCGGAGAUAGAAAUGAAAAGGAAGAUUAAAGAAAAUAGGCCUACCAAGAAAACAGUGAGACAAAUCUUUUCACUAAAAAAAAUUGACGAUGACACCUCAUCUGAUUCUGAUGAAUGUCCUCCACUUCCAUCAUCGUCAGGGGGGGAAGAAGAGUUAUGCAGUGAUGGCGAGGGUCAUAGAGCUUUUGAGCCCAUCAGAAAAGAAGUAGGGGAAUUUGUAGUUGCAAUUUACAAUGGUUUGUCAUACCCAGGAAAAAUUACAAAAAUACAUGAAAACGGGGCUACAAUAAAAGCAAUGGAAAAAAGUGGAAGGCUUUGGAAGUGGCCAGCAAGGGAAGACGAAAUAUUUUAUGUGUGGGGUGACAUUUUGGGACACUUGCCGGAGCCGACGAAAUUUUCAAAAACACGUGACAUUUAUUCCGUGCCACUUCUCGAAUAA